AUGGAUAAUGUAUAAAGUUAUUAAUUCUAUAAACAGUAUUUAGUCUUUUUAUAUAUUUACAAAUCAUACUGGCAUUUACAUAAAACAUAUAUUUAGAUAAAAAAUUUAAUAAGCAAAUAACUAAAAACUUGCACAAUUUAUAAAACAAAAUCACAAUUUAUUUUAUUGUUUCUGCAGAUGAUAUCCUAAGAAAAAUAAAUAACAAAAAGUAAAUUCGAUAUUAUGUUCCUCAAAGGUAUUUUAACUAUCUUAGGUGGCUUUUUGAUCCAUUUGACUUGUGGUACUUUAUAUAUGUGGGGUGUAAUCAACAUUUAUGUCACAUCUUACUUGCGUUUAAACGGGAACCCUGACUUAUCUAUCGACUUAGGAAGUGGAAUAUUCCCUUUUAUGAUGGUUGCUGUCGCAUGUGGUGUUCCAGUAGGAAUGAAGGCUAUAAAAUAUGUAGGCUCUGCUCGUCUUGUUUGCUAUGUUUGCUCGCUUAUUGCAAGCUUGUGCAUCCUUUUAGUUAGCUAUGCUAAAGUAUUUUGGCUUUUCGUUAUUAUCUACGGAAUAAUUUUUGGAUUCUUCACUGGUAUUAUGUAUAUGGUGCCCAUUUAUUUAGGAUAACUUUAUUUCCCUAAUAGAAGAGGUUUGGUAUCAGGCUUUAUUUUAACAGGAUACGGUCUUGGAUCAUUGAUAUACAGUUAAUUCUUCUUUUACAUUGUCAACCCUAAUAAUUUGAAAGCAAAAAAAGCUGGAGAUGGAGGAAGCUAUUUCUUUGGUGAUACUGCAUCCGUUGCAAAUGCUGUUCCUGAAGCUUUGAGAUGGUUGAGUUUGAUGUAUGUUCUUCAGUUAUUAAUUGGCUCUAGUUUAUUAUUUGAGCACCCAAAUUCAGUUGGUACUAAACAAAAAGAACUUAGAGCAUAACUCAAGCUGAAAAGAAAAGAAUAAGAAGAGCUUAAGUUGAAAAAUGGCGAUGCAAAUAAAAAUCAAAUAGAAAUGAUAUAAAAUACAGAAAAAGAUAUUGAAUAAUAAAUCUAAAAAUAAGACUAAGUAGAUAACUAAUAGAUUUAGCAAGUAAAUACCUAUGGUUAUAUUUAAACAGAAUCAGAUCCUUAAAACAAGCCACUUCGCCCUUAAAUGUUUGAAUCAUAAGCAGAUUAAUAAUAAUUAUAGAAAGUAUCUAAUGCUGAUUGCAAUGAUGGAAAAACAAACAUUUCAGAAGAAGAAAUGAAUGAAAGAAUCCAAUUCUAUAGAAAACUUGGAGCUCCUUCAAUUAAGGAGGCUUUGAAAACUAAGGAAUUCUACAUUUCAUAAAUAAUUAUACUACUUGCCUGUGGUUUAGGUUUACUUCUUUCUGGUAACUAUAAAAAAUAUGGAUAGCAACAUUUUACUAACGAUAAAGUGCUUACAAUUAUUGGUUCUGUUGCUAGUGCUGCAAACGGUUGUUCAAGAUUCCUUUGGGCAAGCUUACUAGAUAAAAUUUCAUUUAGAAAAGUAAUCAGUGUCAUCUUAGUUGCACAGAUUAUUCUCUCUGUUACUCUACAGUUUUCUGUAUAAAACGAAUACUUCUAUUUAGUUUGGGUAUUCUUUGUAUCAUGCUGCUUAGGAGGUUUAUUUGGUAUCUAUCCAGUAUACUCUACCUUGCUCUUUGGGUCUAGAGUAGGAUCUGAAAUAUACGGCACAUAUUGGCUUUCAGUGAGUGCAGCUAACUUCAUUCAAUUUGGUUUCGUUUAUAAUUAAGAAAAGAAUAUAAAGUUUUCAGGAAUAUUUUAUAUCUACUUUGCUUUUAAUAUUGUAGCUUUGAUAAUAAUUAUAUUUGCUAAAAUGUAAUUAGAUUGGUCAAAAUACUAUUUAAGAAAUUCCUAGCAUUCUAACAAUGCUAUUUUACCUCACCAUGAAAAAAUAAUUAGCAAAGAAUCUUAAAGUAAUGAAGCACUAGAUAAAUAAAAAAAUUGA